UCCCCUUCUCCUUCUCAUCUCUUCCCCCCUCUAGAAUUUAGGCGCUCUUCUUCUCCUCCUUAGGGCUAAUGUCCUGCUGCCAUAAAGUCAACUCUUAUGUUAUAGCAGAAAAAGGAAGAAUAUCUUGUUUUUUGGUGAUAGUUUCUACCAAAAAUAAGUUUUACUUAUUCCACUCUACUGUAAAUCUUCAUGCUGCUUAAGUUGUUGUUGUUGCUUGAGACUCAUGUCUCCAGUUGUCAGUGAAAUCCUCCGAUCCGGAUUUAUGAUAAAUUCCUCCCUCAGACGCAGGACCCAUCUCGUUCAAUCUUUCUCAGUUGUAUUCCUCUAUUGGUUCUAUGUUUUCUCAUGAAUAAGCUUUCUGUAAUUGCUUGAUUUUCACUAUUUAUGUACAUAUAUAACUAUCUGUCCAUACUGAUUAGCUAGUAUCGGUGUCCUGCCGCCUCUGAGGUUUUGUUAUCCUGAAAUAUUACUCAUCUUUAUUGAAGUUUCAGCCUUGUUUUUGGUGUAAAUAUAUUAAUAUGGCCUCGUCCAGUGGAAACUCCAAUUCCACAAGCUCCUCCCAGCUUCAGAAUUUUGGGUCCGAAGAGGAGUACUUGCAUCAGAUGAGCGUGAUGGAUCAAAGAAAGAGAAAGAGGAAGGAAUCAAACAGGGAAUCAGCCAGAAGAUCUCGGAAGAGAAAACAGCAGCACUUGGAUGAUUUAACGGCCCAAGUGGCUCAGCUAAGCAAAGACAAUAACCAAAUUCUCACGAGCAUCAACUUCACCACCCACCACUAUUUGUCCAUUGAGGCAGACAACUCGGUUCUGAGGGCUCAGAUGAUGGAACUGAGUCAAAGACUCGAGUCUCUGACCCAAAUCCUGAGUUAUAUCAACGCCCCCACCGUGGUGUAUGAAACCGAUCAGUGCUUUGAAGCAAGUGGUGACCACAGUUUCAACAACCCUCUCAAUCUGCCUUAUCUUAACCAACCCAUCAUGGCCUCUCCAGACAUCUUUGAAUACUACUGAUCCAUAAUCAUCGAACUUAUAAAUGGAUGAAAAAAUAUGGUCAAAAUCCAGGGACGUCUUUACAUUGGUGGGUGCUGUUUCAUGUUGAAAAAGAGGGUUAUUUGCCCCUUUCACUUAUUGCUAUCAUCAUUAAUAUGAGUAAAAUAUUAGUGUUAUUGACAACUUGGCUUGGUAAGAUGAUGUCAGAGAAUUGGCAACUAGCGGGUGAAAACUGCUUAGGGGAUAAAUCUAUGAGGUUUUUUCUUUUUUUUCUGUAAAUGGGGACUUAAGAUAUCAAAUAUGGUGUGAAGGGCUAUGUGGAUGU